AUGAACCUAAUUCUCAUAAACUCAUUGUUUUUCGUUUCUUUCCCAUUUAUAUCAUCUUCUGCGGUGGAAAUAAUAAGUAUUGAGAAUCCUCUGAAAAAUGUUAGACACUGUGUACAACUCCAAUUAGAGGCAGGAUCUUCAUAUAGACCAUAUAUAGAUCACUUGUUAGAAGAUGGAUGUAAGCAUCCAAUGAGACAGAAUAUUCUAGAACGAGAUUUCAUUGAAGCAGUCUAUAAUGGAGAAAGAAGAAUUUACGAGAGGAUAAGAAUGGUUGUGAAUAAAGGAUUGAUUGAUUGGCCGACGUUCAAACGAAAACAUCUAGGAAUUUCAAAUGAGUUCUCCGAGAAUGUUAAUGGAUAUAGCUUUGUGGAUGAUAUUAAUCCAUUGUGUUCUAAAGAUGAAAUGUUAUUCGUUCGAUUAUGUUUUUCUAAAAACCCUACUAGACGAUUUGGAAGGCCAGAUAUCCUGGAAACAUCCGAUGGAUCACUUUAUCAGUUUCAAAUUGAUAAUCGAUACUUAUCAAGCUCCGAUUGUGCUUUCAUUGUGAGAUUUUUUUCUGAUUGUGAUGAUAGAUCAUUCUCCGAAAUUCAAAUUCAGGGAAAUUUCGGAAGAUGUAAAUCGAAAAUGACGUCCAUCAUUUUUCAACUACAGAGCAAUGUUGUAACUUCCUUACCGAUUCUCUCAUCUUCGUCUUGGACAAUAUUUGGAACGAUCGGUAUAAUACUUAUUUCGAUCUUCUUGCUUUCCAUCAGCAUCUGGUGCUUCAACAAGAGGCGGCGAGAUCGUAGAAAAGGGAAAGAAAAUCAGAAAGAUCCGAAUCUUAACUCUAAUUGUCCGGAAUCGGAAUAUCACAAAAAUAUUCCUUUUAUCGAUGAUGCCAUUGUUUUUGAUAUUUGA